UAUCCCAGAGUUCUCCAGAAUCCCGGGGAAUUCCUCUCCCGCAGUGUUAAGUCCAAACUUGGAGCGCGUACAUACACCUCCACUCAACUCAUUUUGGGGGUGGGGGGCGAGAGACGGUCUCGAAGCUCUGUCCCUGCCCCGCGCCCCUCUGGAACCGGGAAAACUACCCUUUUCCGGACCAUCUGGAGGAAAUAGGGAGUGCGGCCCUGCGAGUCAGGGUGGAGGGGCCGGGGCCGCCACCUUGUGUCCGCAGGUGUUGCCGGCAGCAAGCGCUCCCACCGUUACCAUGGGCUUGGAAGUCUGGGUCGGCCCGUGGCGGCCGCACCGGCCCCGCGGCCCCAUCGCAGCGAUCUACAGCGGCCCGGGGCCCAAGUACAAGCUGCCAGCCAGCACCGGUUACAUCCUGCACGACCCGUCGCGGCCCCGCGCCCCCGCCUUCACCUUCGGCGCACGCCUCCCCACGCAGCAGACUUCGCGCGGCCCCGGGCCAAGUCACCUGGUGCCCGCUCGCAUGACCGUGCGCGGCCGCGACGGCGCCCCCGCCUACUCCAUCUUCGGCCGCCCGCGCCACGCAGCGCCUUUCCUCACUCCCGGACCGGGCAGGUACUUCCCGGAGCGAGCGGGAAACGCGGCGUACCCCAGCGCGCCUCGGCACACCAUCGCUCCCCGAAGCUGGGGCCUCCGCGUGGAGUCGCAGACCCCAGGCCCCGGGACCUACACUGUGCCCUCGCUCUUGGGCCCGCGCGUCGUCGGUAAAGUCUCGGCCCCGAUUUACUCCAUCUACGGCCGCAGCGCGGUGGGCAGCUUCUGCGAGGACCUCAGUAAGACCCCCGGGCCCUGCGCCUACCAUGCGGUGAGCCCUGGGAUCUACAAGCCCCGGGCCCCCCAGUUCUCGAUGCUGGCGCGGACUUCGCUCCCCCAAGGCAACAGCCUGAAUCCCGGGCCUGCAGCCUACAACUUGGACCAGCACCGGAAGCCUCGCGGCUGGAGCUUCGGGAUGCGGCACUCGGACUACCUGGCCCCGAUGGUGAUCGACGUGGAUGAGUGACCAGCCGGGCGGGCGCGGCCCCACGAAUGUUUCUUAAAACCUCUGGAGCCAGCAGCCUGUUGACCUCUCUGUGCUUGCGG